AUGGAGGAGCGGCUCUCUCUUAGUUUUGAAAGUCCUUUACUAUCCAACUGGGAAGGGAAAGAGAAGAACGGCGUCGCGCGCAGUAUUCUCGUGCGGGGCCUGCCGAGUCACCUCAGCCCCGAGCAGAGCACAGAUGCGCUGCGACAGCUCUUCUCUGGCGAAGUCCGAAGGGCGAACUACCUGCAGGUAAACCCCAAAGAAGGCCAAAAGAGCCAUGACGGCACUGGCGUGGUGCCAGCGAGGGGAGGAGCCUUGGCGCAGAGCAGCUGGCGAGGCAGUCGUUUAAACCCUAAAGAAGGCCCCGGAGACACUUCACAACGGAAGAUUAACUUAUUAAACCACCACCACAAGCAGCUUUUGCAGCAACUCCCCUACGCCGUGUCCAGCAUUCGCGUCGCAUCCGACCGUAGAGGCAGCAGCAUCUACGCCGUUGUCGAUUUCACGCACGAGUCACUGGCAAAAUUGGCCCUUCAAGUCUUGGGAGGAACAGCCACUCUGCCUGGCACUUCUGCGCAAGUGUGCCUUUCUCUGUAUGAAACUUGGAGCACCCCGUUGGUUGUCGACCAGUACCAUCUAUACGUCUCUGGCGUCCCACCGGGUGCCACAGUGGCUCGAAUUGAAGAUAUCCUCACUUCGGCGACAGGCAUAACGCCAACCCAUGUAAAGGUGUCGUCAGUGGCCGGUCUUCCAUCGAGGAAAGGGGUGCAGGAGUAUGCCUUUCUCCGUUAUGAAGACGAGGAAACAGCUGAAGAAGCGCUGAAGAAACUCACGAAUUUUGGUUUCAUUCGGCUGGCAUCCCACGAAGCAGCGCUGGCAGCCAUCACUCACCUUCAUGGCCUGAAGCUUCACGGGAGGACGCUCGCCUGUGCAUGGAGCACUAGGACGCUGUCUUUUAAUGAGGAGGAGCCACUAGACGACUCAUGGGAGCGAGAGGAGGAGGCGUACGCCGUAAUGUCAGCACAGUGCAUGGACUAUGAAGCUGAGCCACAACAGCAGCCCUCAGCACUGGGGACGGAGCUGGACACACCUGCAACGAGCCCGCGGGCCUCUGCGAAGCGCUCCGCUACCGAGGCAGCCAGUAGUGCCUUCUGGCUUUCCAUUUUGGCUGAGAACGGCCCCGUUAACCUGGGCGAACUCUGCAGCAGGAUGAAACGCCGCCAAAGAAAAGUGCAGCAGUGGAACCAGCAGGAAUGGGAAGAAGACACGGCACCCCAGCAAGGGUUCCAGGUUCAGGUCUCCGAGUCGGUUGCACAAUAA